CUCCUCCUCCUCGCCCUCCUCCUUCUAGCCUCGCCGGGGCUCAGCCGCCGCGCGGCCGGGCUGCUCCUCCUUCCUCCCCCGGGUCCCCGCGGCGAUGUUCAACCGCGCUGUGAGCCGGCUGAGCAGGAAGAGGCCGCCGUCAGACAUCCAUGACAGUGAUGGCAGUUCCAGCAGCAGCCACCAGAGCCUCAAGACCACGGCCAAGUGGGCGACCUCCCUGGAGAGUCUGCUGGAAGACCCUGAAGGCGUGAAGAGAUUCCGGGAAUUUUUGAAAAAGGAAUUCAGUGAAGAAAAUGUUUUGUUCUGGCUAGCAUGUGAAGAUUUUAAGAAAUUGCAAGAUAAAAAGCAGAUGCAGGAAAAGGCCAAGGAGAUCUACGUGACCUUUCUGUCCAACAAGGCCUCAUCCCAAGUCAACGUGGAGGGGCAGUCUCGGCUCAACGAAAAGAUCCUGGAAGAACCACAUCCUCUGAUGUUCCAGAAACUCCAGGACCAGAUCUUCAACCUCAUGAAGUACGACAGCUACAGUCGCUUCUUAAAGUCUGACUUGUUUUUGAAAUACAAACGAACCGAGGAAGAGGAGGAAGAUGAACCCGAUGCUCAAACUGCAGCUAAACGAGCUUCCAGAAUUUAUAACACAUGAGCCCCGAAAAGCCAGGACUACCGCCCUCACCAAGCAAAGGGGCUUGCUCUCAGGACUGUGUGGGGUUAUCAUUGCUUUGUUAUGUGCAAGGACCGAGAUGUACAAAACCCUUCAAUGGGGUGUGUGUAUUUUAUUAACUGCUUGACCAGUAAGUUUUGCAUGAUGGCUAAUCUUACAUAAAAAUAGCUUUGAAGUUUCAGUUCACAAAACAAGCAAACAGAGGUUCCUUCCACACUGGACGCUUGGGACAUUUAAUAGCUUGAUUAAACUUCACGUGAGGCCACAAGGUGAAACCUACA